UUUGUUCUUGCAGGUGCUGGAGAAUCUGGUAAAAGUACUAUUGUCAAGCAAAUGAAAAUUAUCCAUGAGGCUGGUUAUUCCAAAGAAGAAUGCUUACAGUAUCGUCCAGUUGUUUACAGCAACACCAUACAGAGCUUGAUGGCUAUAAUUAAAGGACUUGGACAGUUAAAAUUGGACUUUGCUGAUCCGUCAAGAAAAGAUGAUGCUAGACAGUUCUUUACGAUUGCUGGCGCCUCUCAAGAUGGUGAACUAAAUCCAGAGUUAGCUGCAAUCAUGAAAAGGCUCUGGCAGGAUCCAGGCUUACAGCAUUGUUUUUCACGCUCAAGAGAAUAUCAGUUGAAUGAUUCUGCUGCAUAUUACCUCAAUGCCUUAGAUAGAAUAGGACAACCCAAUUACAUUCCGUCUCAACAAGAUGUGCUGCGAACUCGUGUGAAAACCACAGGAAUUGUAGAAACACACUUUACGUUCAAAGGCUUACACUUCAAAAUGUUUGAUGUAGGUGGUCAACGGUCAGAAAGGAAGAAAUGGAUUCAUUGUUUUGAAGGAGUCACAGCUAUAAUUUUCUGUGUUGCUUUAAGUGGCUAUGAUCUAGUGUUGGCUGAAGAUGAAGAAAUGAAUAGGAUGAUAGAGAGCAUGAAGCUUUUUGAUUCAAUUUGCAAUAACAAGUGGUUUGUUGAGACAUCUAUUAUAUUAUUUUUAAAUAAGAAAGAUUUAUUUGAAGAAAAGAUUACCAAAUCUCCUUUGAGUAUUUGCUUUCCUGAAUAUACAGGAAAUAAUACCUAUGAAGAAGCUGCUUCAUAUAUCAAAAUGAAAUUUGAAAAUCAAAACAAACGAAAGGAUACCAAAGAAAUUUACACGCAUUUUACUUGUGCAACAGACACUAACAACAUACAGUUCGUUUUCGAUGCUGUCACCGAUGUCAUAAUAAAAAACAAUUUAAAGGAUUGUGGCUUGUUCUAGUGAAAUGACUAUCAUAAGUUGUGUUAAUUUUUACAGAAAUUUUCUGAAUCAAGUGUGUGUGGCAAAUGGUCUUGUAUGUAUAUUUUUUUCACAUGUGAAGGCUUUUCCUCUUGUUAAGAAAUAUUUCCUUUUUAUUCCACUUGAAACUGCACAUGUCUUUCCACAUUUUUGCACUGUUCUUGUACAACUGUGCCAAUUCUUCUGUGUUGUAUAAUGCACAAAUUAUCUUGCCUUAACAUUUGUGCCUUUUAAUAAUAUUGAAAUUUGGUACUUGUGCCAAAGAUGUUAUCUCCAUAAACUUUUUGAUGGAUAUUUAUAGAACAUGUCUGUAUAAUUAGUCUUUUAAGAGUUUUGAAAUUAUGCUGAGAUUUAAAACUUUGAGAUUGCUUUAUUUCAUAAAAAUGUUGAAUAUUAUGGAAAAUAUCAUUGCUCCCCCACCUUUUCUUUUCUGUCUCUUUGUCAAAUAGAAAGAAAAAAAAUAUUAGAUGUUGCUUCCUGUUUUUCAUUUUAUCGAUUUACUUACAUAAUAUGACCUCCUAUAUCCAAAACAAAUAAAUAGAAAGGCAUAAAUUAGUUGAUUGUAAAAAAACAAACAAAAUUAACACUACCUCCAAAAGAAAAAAAAAUGUGUUUACAUGUUCCACUGAACAAUUAACUUUUCAGGCAUUUUCAUCCACAAAAAGAGUUACUCAUGCUUAUAGUUUUUUCAGUACAAUCUAUUGCAUUUAUUUUGGGUAUGAGAGGUUUUAUUAUUUUACUGAAUUGCUCCUAAGCUUUAGUACUCUGUACAAAAUGGCUGUAGGGAUUAACAUAAAUAUUUUAGACUGAUAGACUUGCAUGUUUAUUAAUUUGUUUCAUUGUUCAUUCUUUCCUUAUAGUUUAUAUCUCCCUCACUAUUUCUUUCCCCCAGCCUUCAUUUUUGCAAUAUUUUCUUCCCCAGUUUUUUAAAACUAAUUCAAAGCUUUCUUCUAAUAAAGCUUUAAACUAAUUCAAUAUUUAAAAGUCACUAGUUAUAGUGUAAUUUCAUCGUCUUCCAUUUAAGCUUUUCAUUUUAGAAAUUACAAUUUGAACUGGUUCGCAUGUGUAUUUGUAUUAUACUGUAUUAUAU